AUGGAAAGAGUGACCUUGGUGGCUUUGUUGCUCUGCCUCUCUGCUGGGGCCUUGUUGGUGCAAGCAGAAGAUCCGUAUCUUUUCUUUGAUUGGAAGGUCACAUACGGCACGAUAGCUCCUCUGGGUGUCCCUCAACAGGGUAUCCUUAUCAAUGGACAGUUCCCAGGGCCUAGGAUAAAUUGCACUUCCAACAACAACAUUGUCGUCAAUGUCUUCAAUCAACUAGACGAGCCAUUGCUUUUGACUUGGGCAGGAGUCCAGCAGAGGAAGAACUCUUGGCAGGAUGGCACCUUGGGUACAAUGUGCCCAAUUCUGCCCGGACAGAACUACACCUAUCAUUUCCAAGUCAAGGAUCAGAUUGGAAGCUAUUUCUACUACCCUACUGUAGGCUUACAAAAGGCGGCCGGUGGCAUGGGUCCUCUGAACGUCCACAGUCGUGACCUCAUCCCCGUUCCCUUUGACAGGCCUGCAGAUGAGUACAACGUUCUAGUUGGCGACUGGUACACCAAAGGCCACAAGGCCUUGAAGAACAUGUUGGACAGCGGUCGAUCACUUGGCAGGCCCGACGGCAUUCAAAUCAAUGGCAAAUCUGCCAAGGUGGGUGACAAUGUUGAGCCCCUUUUCACCAUGGAGCCUGGAAAGACCUACAGAUAUCGGGUAUGCAACGUAGGGUUGAAAACCUCCAUCAACUUCAGGAUCCAAGGCCACCCCUUGAAACUCGUAGAGAUAGAGGGUUCUCACACCGUCCAGUAUGAUUUCGAUUCCCUUGACGUUCACGUUGGCCAGUGCCUUUCUGUCUUGGUCACCGCCGACAAAGAGCCCAAGGACUACUAUUUUGUAGCUUCCAGCAGGUUCAUCAAGGUGCCACUCUCCUCGGUAGGCAUCAUCCGUUACACCAACGGGAAAGGCCCUGCCUCUCCUGAGCUCCCACCUUCCGCACCGGUAGGCUCAGCAGGCAUUGCAUGGUCCAUGAAUCAGUUCCGCUCAUUCCGAUGGAAUCUCACUGCCAGUGCUGCUCGUCCCAAUCCUCAAGGCUCCUACCAUUAUGGCCAAAUCAACAUCACUCGCACCAUUAAGCUCGUCAACUCUGAGUCUCGUGUUGGGGGAAAGCUUCGUUAUGCGAUCAACGGUGUCUCCCACAUAGACACCCCAACUCCAUUGAAGCAUGCAGAGUAUUUUGGUGUCGCUGACAAGCUGUUCCAAUAUAACCUUGUCAAGGAUGACGGAUCGGCAGUCAACACCCCAGCGCCGACCAUCGCCCCAAGUGUGCUGAACGCUACUUUCCGCAACUUCGUGGAGAUCAUCUUUGAGAACCACGAGAAGACCAUCCAGACAUACAAUCUUGAUGGCUACUCCUUCUUUGCAGUGGCAGUUGAACCGGGAACAUGGAGCCCGGAGAAGAGGAAAAACUACAACCUCCUUGAUGCCAUAAGCAGGCACAACGUUCAAGUUUACCCAGGGUCCUGGGCAGCCAUCAUGACAACUCUUGAUAAUGCUGGAAUGUGGAACUUGAGGUCAGACAUGCAGCAUAGAGCUUACCUAGGCCAGCAACUCUAUUUCAGUGUCUUAUCCCCUGCACGCUCCUUGAGAGAUGAAUACAACCUUCCUGACAACCAGCCGUUGUGCGGUGGAAUUGUGGAGAAGUUGCCAUUGCCCGCUCCAUACACAGCUUAAU